CGUUUGCACCAAAAUCAUAAGAGAUGAAAAAAUAAUGAAAGAAAAAGGAUGAUGGAAGAUAUAUGGGAAGUUUUGCCGGUUGAACUGUUAGCAAGCAUUCUUGGAAGAGUAGGGAUGGAGUCAUUGCUAUUAAAUGUUCCUUUUGUAUGCAAAUCAUGGUACAAAGCUAGCCUUCAUCCUUUAUGUUGGGAACAUCUUAUUUUUCCUGAACUUGCUUCUAGUUCAGGAUACGAUUCUCUAUAUGAGUGGAAAUCGUGGCUCAAACUCACCCUGAAUCCUUCCUUUUUCGAGUCUCUUGUUUUUCCAAGAGUUUCAAGGAUUUCAUAUCAUGGAACUCAAGAUCAUCAAGUUUUUUUCUUGGACAGAUUCAAGGCUACGUACAGAAUCAAUGAGUGUUCAGCUGUUGCACUCAUAAAAUUUGUUGUGCAUCGAAGCCAAGGAAAAUGCACUUUGCUUCUUCUUCCAUUUUGCAAUACGGAGAUUUUGAUCUUUAUCGCACAAGAGUGUCCCCUCCUGAAAACCUUAUCACUAGAUACUCAUUAUUUUUGGCAGAGAGCAUACAUGCUUAAAGAAGUCAUAGGAAACUGGAAAUGUUAGGAAAACUUAGCACUCGGAAAUUUCUUCAAUUUGAAGGACAUAAUGCCUAAGAUCAGCCCCAAGUACUGCAAGAACUUGGUGAAUUUUAACUCUACAGGAGAGAGCAUUACCGAACACGACGCAUCAGCCAUUGUCACCAAUCUUCCCAAUGUAAAAUACCUGUAUUUAACGAGGGCAAGAUUCCAGCAACAUGAGAAGGACCCAAUGACAAUCAUCUUGAAAGGUUGCAAAGAGCUUUUACAUUUAGAUGUGAGUUUUAGCUCUGGCUUGAGGGUUGAUUCAAACAUGCUAAAAUCAGCUGAGAAUAUUAGGACAUUCAACUAUUCAAGUCCUGGUUUAAUAUAUGUAGUUCCAGAUGCUUAUGAUCAUUCUUAUCUUUAAUCUGAAUAUAUAUUCAAACUAAAUGGUGUCAUGUUUUAACUCCUAUACAUUCUGAUUCGGCUAAAAAUAUGAAGGUUUGAUUCUUCCGAAUAUCAAGUGCUUGUUUCCAAGCGAAGCAAGCAAUGAUCAGGAGAAUCUGGUAAUUAAAUUGCAAAUUCUUGUGCAUUUCGAUGUGGGAAACUGCAAGAUAUAUAUCAAGCAUCAAUUACAUGAUA